GUCAUUGGCUGGAUGGCUUCAUGGCAUGCAGGCAAGCGAUGAUAGCUGCAGUAAGGCCUCCACUGCGUGCUGCGGCUGAGCGUGUGCGAGUGUGAGAUCUGAGUGAGGUCACUUAAGUGCAUGACACUCCUCUCAUACUCGCCUUCUUCUCUUCUCUUUUCUCUUUCCUUGCUGCUUGUGUCACGUGGCAUUGUGUGCUUGUCGAAUCAUUAUGGCGAAAUGGGUUCGCAGACAGCCUCAAGGAUCCCAGUGCGAAACCAAUGAACAAGCACUUAGCUGCGAGAGCUCAGGUGAGAUAUCACAACGUACAGAAACAACAACGCAGAGUUCUGCGACGGGGGUCUUCGCAUCUCCCACAGUCGCCACCGAGAAUACCGAAACAUCAGUGACGAUGACCAGAGCCAACCACGACGGCAGCGUAUGGGCUAGCUCAUAUAUGGAUGUCUCGUCACAUGAAGCUACUGCAGAUCUUACGACGGGUGUGGUCACAACUUCAGCCAGGACAACACCUUGGUCGACUUUCACAGAGCCACCGGAAGCUCAAUCAGCAAGCCGGAGUGGCAAUGACGGCGGCGUUAGUAAGGGCGCAGUUGCCGGUAUCGCAAUCGGCACGUGUAUUGUUGGUGCUGCCAUCGCAUUCAUCGCGGCAUGGCUACUAUUCAAGAGGCGCGACAAGAAGUUCAUGCAGAAGACAUGCCCAUCAGGAUAUCCCAUCUACGCCGACUCUUCGCCCGAGCUGGUCAUGGCACAGAAGAGUGCGGUGAACGGCAUUCCAUAUGUUCAAGUCUCGCAGGCCCAGAUGCGCACUCCAGUUCCAGUCCCAGCACGUGCUCCAGUCGCCUCUCCACACGCUGUGAAUGACGCUUUGACCGGUAUCCUUCCACCUGCAGCCACUGAGCACGAUGUCAGCACCCGGAUCUCAGCAUUGUUUGCAGAGUUCAAAAGACACAUCGACACAUUUUACCGCGGCGUCCACGCCAGUAUCACGCCGAGCAUGGAUUCUGACUUGGCAUCUUUCGGCAAAGACGUGGACAUGGUUGAGCUGCUGCAGAACUGCUCCCAUCCAACGGUAGCGCUGAAGCACGCGCUUACUGCCUUCGUGUUGAGCAUCACAGAAUCGAAGCGGGAUGAAAACAAGCAGACACUGUGGCCCUCCGAGCUCACAAACUUCAUCAAGCCCCGAGAUUCCGACUCCGCCCAACUUGCAGCAGCACAGGCCCUCCAUCGCCGCCUAACAGUCCACAUUUACGCCCAACAUAACGCCCUCUCUCCUGCGAACCGGUCGCAAUCCCGCCUCUCGAAUCUUUCUGCCCUGUCGCUGACGCGCAACACUUUUUCGGCUAUUCGUGAAGCGGCUGAGCACUUCUCACUUACUUUCUUCCCGUGGGCGAACCCUGUGUUUGGUGACCAGGAGAGGGAGAGUGAUCUCGCGGGCAUUGUAACGGAAGCACUGGAGACGAGGAUUUGGUUGGUUGGGCAAACCGGGGAAUGGGACUUUGAGUGGGAGGUCCCGGGUAGGGGUGCGGUGGUUGUUAGUCCGAGUCUGGUUGUGAGGGAGGAGAGGAGGGGGCCGAGGAGGGUGGUGCUUGAUCAGAGUGUUGUUGGUGUUUAAUGUGCAGAUGGCAUGCGUGUAGUAAUGAAUAGUAAUAUUAUCAGACUUGUAAUCUCGGGUCAAUGGAGACGCAAAUAUAGCUACAAUUACAAGGAGUGUAUGCGACAUUCCGGUUGUCUCCGUAGUAGUCAAAAUGUAGUUCACUCGUCCUGUUGGGCGCGGGGUCAGGACGAGACCAGACUGAA